AUGCUACUCGCCAAUUUUAUCCUUCCGACACCAUCACCUAUCUCACCACGCGUCGACCUCAAGAUUCUCAAAGUUAUGCCGAAUGAAUUUAAUGAAAGUAGGGAAAUUUACGAGUCUGCACUAGUGGAAAUGAAUGUUGAUGCCGAUUUUACGCCACUUUUCACUUUUAAUACGCAUUCAAUAUUUGUAUCAUUAAUAGUAGAAUAUGAGACACCUACUCAUACUCGUAAUCAGAUUGCGUUAUGGUCAUUCAUAAUACGAAACCGAACCUCUGCCAUUCUACAAUUGCAUCAAGAGAUAAAUACAUUCAAUGACAUUACUCCAAGUUUCAGAGGUGUGAAUGGCACAUAUAUGAUGGAAUGGGAUAUUAUACCAAGGCUUGGUGUUUUACAACACGGUCGCGUUCAUCAAGCUGAUGCAUUAUUUACAUUUCCUAAAUUGCAUAUGGUAUGGAACCUAGUAAAUAUGUGCUUAAUAAAAUGGAAUCAGCACUUUACUUAG